UGCAGAUGAGGCGGAUUGAGUUGUCUGGCGGGCUUGCCAGCAAACGACUUCAUCCUUUGGGCUCCCCCGCAGUGGAGCUACACGGAUGAUGGGUGCCUGACCGCCGGCGGUAGCCUCGCGCAUGACUGGCCACUCACUCGCCCUCACACUCUGCAUGGCGAGGCGGAUCGCGAGGUGCUCCAGCCUCCUGCUCCGAUUUCUCUUUUUCUCAACGCUUUCAGCUCCAUCAAUGCAACGGACACUGUCGUUGUCGUCAGAUGUCGCGCUCGCGGGUCCCAUUCUAGCCCGGCCAUGUUUUCCGCCCAUCAUCAGGGCCCGAGUUACUGGGGAGUGUUGAUCAAUGCCGACAAAAGUCCUGCCCCGCUGCUAGAGCAGCUGUGUCUGGAAAUCGCUCGCAUCAUAACAUCAUUCGAUGACUAUGCAACCAGCGACCUCACCCCAGAACGAUUGGCCGCGUUUUAUCGCAAGGUGGGCGGCAACUACGAUGUGCUUUUCCUCCAGACCAAACCGUCCGCUCUCUCCUUCAUCUACCAGCGCCUAGGAUGCUUCCACAGUAUUCAACCAACCUCCGAUCCUUACAAACCUCCGGCCAUCCCCGCUCUACAACCGAACGGCUUCGUGCGAUGGCAGACAAUCCAGCUGCUCCUCGACCCAGAUGAGCAUUGUCGGUACCUUCAGAAUGCGGUCGAGUUAUGGGACAUUGAGACUCCGAACGGGGAAACCUUUCCCAAACAAAUCCCCCGAGAGGCUUUUCCAGAAAUGCCCGAUCCAGAAAUGGUCGAAUGGCACGAGGCAGUCAGCCGGCGGUUUGAACUGGACUAUGUCAAAAGGAACAUCCUGCGCGUAUCUCCACCAAACUUUGGCACAUACCAUUACCACUUUGCUCAUAAGGAUGCUCCUUCUACCAAGGAAGAGACCAACGUACCUACUCGCCGCCGGACGACGGCACAUCGCGCCCCUGUGGCUCCAGAGGAACCAUCGCCUCCCAGCAGACAUCAACGACGCCGAAGUGGCGAGUUCCCACCGUCGGCCACCCGUCGAGUGCAAUCCACAUAUUUCCCACGCUCGCCAGAAGUUGAGAUACCCCGUCGAGCCCCUUCGCCGCCGAUGUGGACCAGACCUUCCCCCAGGGCGAGAGGUCGCGACCGUGUUUCGGCAUUCUCACGCCCUGUGAGCCCAGGCGCAUCACCAGGACACAGCGCGUCUGAUGCAUCGUCCGAGGACUCCAGAGGAGCAGCACGCGAUGAAUCUCCGUCUGCAAGUCGACACAGCCGUCAUUUGCACCCAUCCACCCCACACUAUUCUCACUCUCGCCGUCAUUCACACGAAUCAUAUGCUAGGAAACCUCAACGGGAACACUCUCCAGAUACCCAGCACCGACCCGCCUACCGGGACAUGUACAACACUCACUCAACUAGACCCUACGAUUCCGAUGGUGCGCGGCGCACACGGCCUUCGAGGGUAUACGCCGAUGAGCCGGUCCAUCCCCGGACUCCGGGCCCUAGCUUCCGCGACCACCCCUUCAGCGACCCGCCUGCUGUUCCGGUUAACACUGAAGUGCCGGUAUAUACGCACAUGCACCCUCGCUACAUGAACAUGAACAAUACCUACGUUGUCCGCCCCCCUCCUGACAUCGAUGUGUGCGGGGUAGACGGCCAUCGAAGGAGUUAUCGAGGGGCAACUGCUAAUUCCAACGCACCUGGAUUCAGCCAUCCCACAAUUCCGGAGCGCAGUCGAUACCCCUCAGGUGGCUACCGGUCUCAGAGAUGGGUCAAUCCGGUACAGCCAUCGCCAUCCCGGGGGAUCCCAGCCGGUAUGCCGGACAUGGAAUAUCCCCUGCGAAGCAGACGGUCGACCAUGUAUGACCGGUGAGAAAGCACGACAGUACAAUUGCCCAAUUUUCAAAUACUACCUUAUUCCCAAUGAGACUGAUGACUACAACUAAUGACUUGUUGAAUUAACGGCUGUUUUCCGGUUCUUAUUCGUUUAACCUGUUUUCUUUUUCUAAUGAUUUCCUAAUUCUUAUUUUCAUUUGCACAUCCUCGCGGACCACAGCACUACCACCAACGGUACGCAUGCACGCAUUGAUAACGACAGUAGGGACGGCGAUUGUGAUGACCGGCGUUCUGCUUGGGCGGUUAUCGGAAUGGUCACAAGUCAUCUGGGAGUACUGAUGACUACCCACUGACAGAUCAGUCAGCUAUGUUAUGAUUAACGACGUCACGAGAGUUAGAAAGUUAGACCCGGC